AUGUUUCUAAUGAAGUAUUUGAAGCAUGCAUACGCCAGAGAAAGAUUUCUGCUCAAAAAGUCAAAUCCCCAAGGUUGGAUUUGUGCACAAACGAGACCAGCACAGGGUCUCCACAGAGUACUCCAAUUGUAUAAGAACCAGUCCUUUCCUGAUUUCUUGAUUAUUAUGGAUGAUGAUACGUACUACAAUAUGAAGCUCUUUGUUGAACAUUUCAGAAAAGUUGACAGCUCGAAGUCAAUUGCAAUUGCGGGAUGCCGAGUUCGAUCUCCCACGAAACUGAUCAAUUGGACAUUUGCAUUUGGGGGUUAUGGAUUGGUAGUGUCUAUGGGAUGGUUAAAAAGGAUGGAUAGGCCAAUUAUGUGUCCUCGUGAUGACGAGUAUUGUCGUUUCAUUCGACAAAAAAAUCAUAUAGGCGAGAGGGAAGUUUUCAAGAGUGGAAUGACGCUUGCUGAUCUCAGCUAUGCCUACGCACUUCAUCAGCCGUUCGAGCAAUACAGAAAUUGGACAACUGGAUUUUGUCUGCAUAGUGACUGGCUUUUGGGUUACAUAACGAACUUCUAUAAUGUAUCGCGUCAUUUGGAUGCGUAUAUGGGGUCUGAAAUCAAUGCAGAGCGGCAAGGUAGUAGACGGCUCUGCGAUAAUCUUCGUGGCAAUUGUCAUGGAUUUUCUCACGUCUGCCACUACAGUACUCCUACCGAAAUGAUUGCGAUUAACAACAUUGUUCGGAGACGGAAUCCAGAAGAAUUCAGGGCCGACACAAAUGGCUGUGUCGCGUGUGAGAAGGAUGGUCUUCGUCACAACAACCCCAGUCCCACCAUCGACUUCUUUUCGUUUGCUCGGAAUACUAGUGACUUUCUUGCUCAGAAACAAGUUGUUGGAUCACACAAAUCCAUACGACACUUCUACAAGUUUUCUGCUCUUGACGAAAAUGAUCCGUCAUGCUUUCAAUCGCAAAUUGAUUCAUCCGAGGUUAUCAAAGGUUGCAAAGCUAAGAGCAUGAACUCAAAAAGAAAUUGGCUUCUAGCUGGGUUACGAUCUCCACACUCGCGAGACAAACAUUCGAGCCCACCUUGGUUGUGUGAGCAGAAAAGACUACUCCGUGGUGUUGGCGAAGUUCUGAACCAAUACAGAACACGGCACGGAACUAUUGUCCUCCCGGACUACUUGAUCUUAGCCGACAGCAGGAGCUAUUGGAAUUUCGAUGUCUUCAAUGAAAUGCUACGAAAUAUCGAGAUCGAGGUUAAGAAUUCGUUGACAGGAGCCUUUGCAGCAUCGACACCGCUAGUUGUCGGUGGGUGUACUGUUGAGAAAAAAGUUUUCCAAUUUCUCUAUCGCGUCCCGUUGCUAAGCCAUGGCAUAGUCUUGAAUCGUGGAAUGCUUGACAGCCUUACAAAGCCUAUGUAUUGCAAUGCGUCCAUUGUUGAAGAUCCCCGGUGUUUUGUUGUAGAAGAAAGUCAACUUUGGGAGCGGGAGACUUUUCGUCAAGGGAUGUCACCAAUCGACUUGAUGAGAUCUGAUGUCAUUAGGAGGGCCCUAGGGAUAUGCAUAGAAGCCGAAUGGGUGUUCAGUUUUUUCUUUCAAUUUUAUGCGUCAACAAAAUCUAGUACUCUGCCAUUGCAGGCGAGCCUUGCACCUGCCGACUCUACCAUACGAAUUUAUUUGAGAUCAGUGAUGAAGAGAUCCGGACCAGAGAUGCUUUGUAGAUACCAAAAUGUGAACUGCAACGUGGAUGCUCCAUAUUGUAGCGACGUAUCAGCAGACCAAAUGUUGACCUAUUUGAGAGAUUGA